AUGGCCGAAUCCGAUUUGUGGUCCGUGGAUGCCAAUUCUGCAUUGGAGCUGAGUCUAGUAGAGCCAACCGAACAUGGCUUGACGACGGUGACCCGUUUUCACCCACGCUUCACAUACCCCCUCUUUGGUGAAGAGGAGCAAAUCUUCGGCUACCAAGAUCUGAAGAUCAACCUUCAAUAUCAUGCUCCAGACAUGCGUCCCAAUGUCAAGAUCACCCACAGCAAGAAAUUCAAAUCCAUUGGCGAGACUCAGCCAACAGAUCUCGAUGCCUUGCUCCAAGAGUAUCUCCCUCCUGUCGCAUUUGCCAAGAACCGUGAGUUCCAAGAUGCUAUCCGGUUAAUGCCAGCCGACUGGACACCUCCGGGCGAGAUUCUCUCCGAGUUUGAUGGUGCGGAUGGCGCCAAGUUUGAAAUCCGCCGAUCCAGUCUCGCCGACGAUGCAACAAGGCAGAUUAUAGAUCGUGUCCAACUACUCAUACUGCUGUUCAUCGAGGGCGGCAGCUAUAUCGGCACCGAUACCAACGAUUCCCUUGAUCGCUGGGAUAUAUUCUUCCUUUACAACAAAAAGCCCUCCAAGACUGACGGCACCUCACGCUACCAAUUUGCGGGUUAUUCCACCGUGUACAAGUUCUUCCCCCUGCAGCGUUUCCCGCUGGAGCCGAAGGAAGCACGUGAGAACCUCGAACUGCCCUCGGGGGAGUUUCCAUUUUCAAAUCUGCGAAGUCGUACUCGCAUAUCACAAUUCCUCAUCCUCCCACCAUUCCAAAAGUCGGGUAACGGAUCUCGCCUCUAUCGCACGAUAUACGAGUACUGCCUACGUGACCCCAAUGUGAUCGAGGUCACCGUAGAGGAUCCCAAUGAAGCUUUUGACGAUAUGAGAGACGUGGCAGAUCUGGAUUUUCUCCGCCAAAAGUCGGAAUUCACCGAUCUAAAAAUCAAUACAGAAAUUCAGAUACCGAGGCAGGGGGCCGCUCCGCGUGGUAUCGUCAACGAGAUCAAGUCGGAGGAGGUGCGUUGUUUGUAUAGGAUCGCACCACGGCAAUUUUCGAGGGUAUUGGAGAUGCACCUCAUGUCGAGACUUGCAGAGACUGUCAGACCGACUCUGACAGACACCAAGAUCGUUGCCAAACCCACCAAGGCCGAGACGCACGAGUAUGACUUGUGGAAACUCUUUGUGAAGCAGAGGCUGUACCGGCACAACAAAGAAGUGCUGAGCCAACUUGACCGCCAUGAUCGCAUUGACAGGCUUAAUGAGACCUUGGGCAGUGUGGAACUCGAGUACGCCCGUAUUUUGGCCCUGGCUGAGAGACGGUCUCAGGCCACCACCUCAAACCUCAAGCGCAAGCUGGAAGAUGUCAAAAACGAAGAGGGUAGCGCCAGCAAGAAGGCGCGGGUUGAGGACGCAUAG